AUGAAGCUUUUUACGUUAUUUCACAUAAUUAUUUUCGGUUUUGCGGUAGUGCAUCUUGGAGAGUCGUGUGGAAGUCGGCUGACAUUACAUACCAGUUCAUUUAAUGCAAAGCCAUCCCAAACGACAACCGAGUAAGUCCACAAUAUAAGAUGCUUGUUUACAGGUGAGAGCAAUGUAAGUUACAGUCACAUUCAGGACAAGGCAAAUUAAAUGUCUAGCCUUAGUAGACUACAAACGUUGAUCAAAUCAUAUUUAUACUUAACAUAUUUACACAAUAUGUAGCGUAGUCAUUCUGCGUGAGAAACAAAAGUAUUAACAUCAUCAAUCGCAAUCAUUCACCUCUUACAGGAAACAACGUGUCCUUAUAUUUUUCUUGGUCAUGGCGAUGCUGUUUCUAAUGCGGCAUUCGUUGUAGAAAAAAUUUUCAGACCCAUUUAUCGGAGAUAAUCCUCCCUCGUUCUCGUGUAUGUGUUUUUGCCACCGAAUUACUCUUGUGACCAUCACUGAGCGCUUAUAAGCUACCUAGCGGACCAAAGCCUUACUUUCUUCAUCCAUUUCAGAAUAGCAUGAUAUCUAUUACAAAGGAAGAAAAUUAUCAAUAACUAGAUUAGUGUUUACGCCUCUUCCAUGAGCUGUUUUCGUUCAGAAAAACCCACAACUGCAACUUCGUUCAUCUUCUUGGAUUUUCUUUAAGCAUUCCAAUCAAAUUUGUACUAAGUAAGCGAUUUUCCACUCUAUCCAAAAGUGCACUUAUCAGAUGGAAAUGAGCCCCAUCGUUAUCUCUCUAUUAAACCCGAUAAUCUUAAAAUGAAAUUUACAUAACUUCAUUCCUCAUUGCAAUUUUUUGUCUGGUAUUUGAUGUUAAGUAUAAACUGAAUAUGCACUGUUUAUAAUCUCUUGCAUACUAUCAAAGGUCUACCACCUUGAAACAUUUGAGUGACCCAAGCCCCCCCCCCCUUCAUCUCCUGUUGUGCCCCCUAUCCCACAGUGGACUCAAAGGUAUUAUGAUAUAAAGUUGUCCGGUGGAGGCUUAGGAGAGGGUGCAACGGUAUCUGCACAUUGCACCAGUAUAUAGAAAUACUGGUUUCUUUCUGAGAAAGCAACAGAGGAUAAACCGUCGAAAUUAUGAGACGAGUAAUUCCAAUUUUUAUCUUCAGGACUGGUAUAACUGAAAAUGAUUUGAAAAUUGUACAACGACAGGUGUUUUACGUUUCUGUAUGUUCGCCUUUUAUUCACAAAACAAAACUUUACUACAUAAAAAUACAGCUCAAGUUGUCCAAAGUCAUAUAAUUAACAUACCAAGAUCGCCAAAUUGAUUGCAGUUACCAGUGCGGCAAAUCUGUCCCGACGCUGCUUGUAAGAAACCUCCGCCUCAAAACCUUUUAGAACCCAUCUGUAUUUCAUGUCCCUAAGGCCUCGAUAUACCGGGCCAUUCGAUGUUGAUUACAUUCAUUUUGGCUCCAACGCAAAUAAUGUUAACAGGCUUUUUAAAUUAUAAAUUACAUCGGAAUGAAGUGGACAAAUUAAGUAGUAAAAAAAGUGAAAUGAUGACCUUUGAGGGAUGUUUGAGCGCGCACUUUGAGUUGCGGUCACUCGAAAAGGACGGGGAGGGGAGGACUUUGUAGAAGCUGGGCUACGACUGUGUUUUGGUGGCCUCAAAGCUGCCUUUCCAGUGAAUAAAACCUACUCAAGAUUACACUUUUCAUAGUCAUACCGAUACAAGACAGAACACACUGAGAUGGUAUACACCAUGUUAUUGUAUUUAUUCUCCAACCUGAUGAUCUUUUCCAGGAUGAUCCCUUGAUGUCGAAUAUUUCGAGAGACGGAGUUCUUCGUGGAUUAAGAGAAUGCCAAAGGCUGUUUAGAUACGAUAUCUGGAACUGUCCAUCGGAGAUGUUUAAAAUGCUAUCCUUCUCUAACGAGUCGACUUAUCGCCAUGGUAAGACCUACAAGACUUAAGGCCGGAUACCUCAUUAGUUCGUUGAAAAUCCAAUUUUCCCCCUUAGCUGUAUGACGUAUGUAUGUACGUAUAAGUAUGACGCAAAAGAAAAACACCCUUUCAGUUCUAUUUCCCGCAGCACCGUUGCAGUAGUGAACCGUGAACCGUCCAUGCACCCGGUUUACACAGACUUUUGUUUAAUCGCGGAAAGAGCAGUGGUAACAAAUACUUUCCCUUAUUGCUCUUUCUUACAGCCACUCGGGAGACUGCUUUUAUGUAUGCCAUAGCCGCUGCCGCUAUAACCCAUGAAUUCACUCAUCAAUGCACAUUGGGAAGAAUUCCCGGAUGUGGAUGUGGAACUUAUUACGGCGAUGGUGUCAGAAGUGGAUGUGGCGAGAAUAUCGCGUUCGGACAAAGGGAGGCUAUGCGUCUUUUCCGAGUACCGCGGAAAAGAAGAUUACGAUUGGAUGCUUUGACGGCUGUAAAUAUGCAUAACUACAAUCUAGGAACGAAAAUAAGUUAUCAUGCAUAAAUAAACUAUUUUAAAACAUCGUCAGUAACCAAGUUUUAGUUCACGCUCAGUCAGAGAAAGUUUGACGUUAGACAGGAUAAUCCUUUCUUUCGGUAUCCCAACCCUCUGCGCUUGCUGCCAAACAGCAGCGAGAUCUGGGGAGAACAUUAGAAAAUAAAUAACUUUACAAAUUAUACAUACCAAACAAAAGAUUUUGGGCUUUAGGAGAAUUUAGAUCGAUUUGAGACGAAAAGCUCGUAAAGGUAAAAUAACAAAUGCUUCCCAUGACAAGCUUCCCAGAAGAAGACAACAAUGAAAAAGGACGAAGACAUGCUCUCAGGUUAAAAUGGCGAAUAUUCAUGGAGUUUCAAUAUCGUUUUCUUGGUAACAGUUUUGGUUAUUUCAUAACUAUUUUUUGUCUGUCAGUCUCCUAUUCAACAUGUUAAACAUCUCAAAUAAUUUCACAAAUAAUUUCGGCGCGCUAUUGGCAACAAAACUUUUCCACAUAGAAAUACCUAAAUGGUAGGUGUAAUCUUUUGAAGAGAGAGCAUUUAGCGACUAACGCCCGGAAGAGGCGUGAAAUUUGCAGAGCGAGCAAGUUCCGAAGUCUCACAGGGUGAACCUUUUGGACGGAAUGAUGGAAUGAUGGUAUGGUGGAAUGGUGGAAUGGUGGAAUGGUGGAAUGGUGGAAUGGUGGAAUGGUGGAAUGGUGGAAUGGUGGAAUGGUGGAAUGGUGGAAUGGUGGAAUGGUGGAAUGGUGGAAUGGUGGAAUGGUGGAAUGGUGGAAUGGUGGAAUGGUGGAAUGGUGGAAUGGUGGAAUGGUGGAAUGGUGGAAUGGUGGAAUGGUGGAAUGGUGGAAUGGUGGAAUAUCCUAAAAUGGAAUGACGAAAUUUCCUGAAACGCGGAAUACCUUGUCAUAUUAAACAAAAGUCUCACAAAAAGGGAAUUGCAAUGCGAUAACAAAACAAUUUAUAAUUAACAAGCAAAACUAAAAGAAGCAUAGCUUAAGCAUUAUUGGAGCCAAGAGGAUAGAGAAAUAGUUGGAUUCUGGAACUAGCUUCUAUGAAUUAUCAUUGCUAUUGCUAUUUUUAUUAUCAUUAUUAUUAUUAUUAUUAUAUUAUUAAAUGAUUAUGAAUAUAUGAAAAUCAUGUAUGUGAACUGCAGGUUAAGAAAUGAUUAUGAAAAGGAUCUUUGCAGAAGAAGUUAAAAACUAAAAAUCGAUCUAUUAACAAUUCCAUUAUCAGGAUGUUAGAUCCCAUAUAUCGUGAACUUUCCAAACAUUAUUUGGACUUUAAAAAAAAAAUACCGAACUUUUCCUGUCUACAGAUUGUCCGAGAAAGCUUGCAGCUGAGAGGAAGAUGUGAAGGGGGCUUUUUUAACUCCUAUCGCUGCCGACUGAAAACAAUGUGGACGGUAUUGGCACCAUUUAAAGUUGUUUCCUCAAAGCUUAAAGAAAAAUACCACAGGGCCUUGCAGGUGUCCUUCAUAAACAACAGACUUCAGCAGUUGCGCCCACAUUACCCAAUCGAUCAAAAUCUUGUGUAUCUCGACGACUCGUCAAGCUACAUCAUGAGAAAUGACAGCUUAGGCAUUGAUGGAAUUCUGGGACGAUCAUGCAGGAGGGAUAUGAGCGAUGAUAAGUGUGAACUAUUCACUGCUAUCUGUGAUUCUAUUGGACUGAACCCAACAAUAGUGGAGCAUUACAAACAGGUUAAAUGCAGGUGUAAGUUUACUUGGUGCUGCAGAGUUGAAUGUGAAACAUGCUCUGAGAAGUAUAAUGAAACAAGGUGUUCACUGUAAGCGGAUGCUAUACUGUAUGUCAUGAAGAAAGAGAUUUCAUGGUUAACUUCCUGUAAUGUUAAGUGUAUCUCAAAUGUAUUAUUGUAUUGUAUCUCAUGUGUAUUGUGUGUGCGUGUGUUUAUUGACCUAAAAGUACAAAACAUUAUUUUGUGAAAUAAUUCUACCAAGUGUGUUGUGGGUGCUACAGGUUUGUUUGAAGCCCCAUCCAGUGCACGUCAGAUACACUUGAAGACAGCGUUUCAUUCAAACCACGCGACGAUAGUUUUUCAUCCUCGCUGAAGAUAACAGAUAAGAUGUUUUUCCAUCUGCAGUAUAAUCAUCACCAGCGAAACAAAAUAUUGAAUGAAUAGAUCUUUCAGCUGUUGAGCAUGCGUAAUGAGAGUGUUUACUACCAACUGCUGCAGGCAAAGUGUUUUAACGCUGCAUGUAAUAAACCACCACCUCAACACCUUUUUGAACCCAUCUGUAUUUCACAGCGAAGGGGCAUUCACGGUUAAAAAAAAGGGUUUCUGAGCCAUUCAUCGGAGGUAUCCCUCUCCAGGCGAAAGAACACCACCCUCGUGCAUUUGUUUCUUUCCUUUAAACCAUUUGUCUGAUUACUGGGAGCUCAUUGAUUACCUAACAACUGUAGUCUUAUUUACUUUAUCCACCUCGAAAUAACAUGAUAUCUAUUACAAAUGAGGAAAACCAUCAAUAAUUAGAUUUGAUGUUUACGCCCUUUACAUCUGCUAUUUUCCUGAAGAAAAAUCUUCAAUUGCAUCUUCGUUAAUCUCCUUGGUUUCCCUUUAAGCAAUCCCAGCAAAUUUGUAAAUGAGCGUUUUAACCAAUUUUCGUUGAAGACUUUGUUGAAAAUUAUGUUUUAUCACAUGGAGAUGAGCCUCAUCGUUUUCUCUCCUUUAAUCCCGAUAAGCACGGAAUGUAGGUGGAUCGAUUUUUAAAAUAACUUCAUUCCUUAUUGCAAUGUUUUGUUGGAGAUUUGAUGUCCUGCCUAAGAAGGUAGUUUUUGCAGCAUUGAGGAAAUAAUUUCGUAAGGAAUGAAAUUACAUGAAAUGGCACAAAUUUUGCUAUCACCACACUAUAAGAGAAUAUAAAAAAAACUUAUUACCUCUCGCACACUAGGGACUUGCCACCCUUGAUAUUUGAAGGUCCCUAUCCCCCCCUCCCCCCAUUUCCUUUUGUGCCCCCCACCCCACAGUGCUCUCAAAGGUCUUAUGAUAUAAAAGUUUCCUGAGGAGGCUAAAGAGAGAGUGUUACGGUAUCCGCAAAAAAAUACUAGUAUGAAGACAUGCUGGUUUCUUUCUGAGAAAGCAACAAAGAAUAUAUAAUCAAAAUUAUGAGAUGAAUAAAUCCAAUUUUUAGGACCAGUAGAGCUGAAAGAGAUUUGGAGAUUUAAAAGAAGUGCGUUACGUUUUCCUAUGUUUGUCUUUUAUUCACAAAACAAAACAAAACACAACAGAAUACAGGCAAAUUAGUCCAGAGUCGUACAAUAAAGAUACUAAGAUUGCCAAAUCGAUUGCAGUCACCGAUGCAUUAAAUGUGUCCUAACGCUGCAUGUAAUAAAAAUCUUUUUUCAACCCAUCUGUAAUUUCACUCCCCUAAGUCAGUAUGGCUUUCAAUAUUGACUGCAUUCAUUUUGGUCUCGACACAAGUAAUGUUAACAGGCUUUAUCAAUUAUAUAUUACAUCGGAAUGAAUUGGGCAAGUUUAGCAAAUAUAAAACAAAGUCAGGAAUGAUUAAGCGCGGGUUGUGAGUUGCAGUCACUCGGACGUGGGGGGGAGGGAAACUUUGUAGAAGCUAGGCUACGAUUGUGUUUUUUCGGCAUCGAAACUGCCUUUCCAUACCUACUCAACAUUAUGCUUUUCAUAGUCAUACCGAUUCAAGACACUGAACACAGAAACGAUAUCUAGAACUGUCCAUUGGAGAUGUUUAAAAUGCUAACCUUCUCUGACGAGUCGACUUAUCGCUAUUGUAAGACCUACUUGACUUAAGCCCGGAUAUCUCAUUAUUUCGUUGAAAAUCCAAUUUUCCCCACUAGCUGCUACUGUAGAGGUAUGAUGCAGGAGAAAAACACCCUUUCAGUUCUAUUUCCCGCAGCACCGUCGUAGUGGCGAACACCGUGAACUCAGCACAAGGAUUUCACAGAUUCAAUUAAUGUUAUGCAAAGAGCAGUGGUCACCAAAUAUUUUCCCAUUAUUCUUCCUUACAGCCAUUCGAGGGUCUGCUUUCAUGUAUACUAUAACUACUUCCGCUAAUACCCAUGAAUUCACUCUUCAGUGCACAUUGCGAAGAAUCCCCGGAUGUGGAUGUGGAACUUACACCAGCAAAGUUAACUUAAGUGGGUGUGGCGAAAACAUGGCGUUCGGUCAAAGAGCGGCUAUGCGUAUGAAAGAAAAAAAUUACGAUUGGAUGCUUCGACGGUGGUUAAUUUUCAAAACUACAAUGUUAAAACAAAGGUAAGUUUCCAUGCAUGAAGAAACUAUUUUAAAACAUCGUAGAACAUCUUUGAGUUAACGCUGAGUCUUACAAAUAUUUAAAGAUGGGUGAUACUAUGCUCAUCUGUUCUGCUGACCAGCGACCGCAAAACCCUUUUUUUUCUACCCCAGUCCUCCGCAGUUGCAUUACAGCGACAAGAUCUAGGUAAUAUAUGAAAGAUGUACCUGUUGAAACAAGUUCUUUGCAUUUUGUGCUAAAUCUGGUUAUCACGAUGUGGGAUCCCAGAGAGCGUGACCUUUUUAAAUAUCAUUUGGACUUGAACAUUCCUGUUAACAAAUUGUCCAAGAAAGCUUAGAGCUGAAAGGAAGAUUUGGCGGAGGAUUUUCUUUUAACUCCAAUACCUGCCAAGUAAAAACAUUGUGGACAAUACUCAGGGCGCCAUUUGAAGUUGUUUUCCUCAAGGCUAAAAUAACAGGCUUUAGCAGUUGGACCCAGUUUUCCUACUCAAACAAAAUCUUGUGUAUGUCGACUACUCCCCCAGCUGCUUGAUGCGAAAAGACAGCGAAGGCUUCACUGGAAUGCUGGGACGGUCAUGCAGGAGGGAUAUGAGCGAUGAUAAAUGUGAACUAUUCACUGCCAAGUGGAUGAUUUCAAGCAGGUUAAAUGCAGGUGUAAGUUUACUUGGUGCUGCAGAUUCUAAUCAGAGAUAUGCUCCGAGGAGUAUAAUUAAACAAGGUUUUCCAUGUAAGCGGCAGAUUUACUGGAUCUUAUCACAGGGGGGUGGUGUGUUCGGAGGAUUUUCGCGGGGGGGUCACCGUGUUUUCAGGAGAACGGAGGGGGGUCAUUCGUCAUCAGCAGAGUAUAAAGAGAGCUCUGAAGACAAUCGACCGGUAAUUAAAUGCUAAAGAGGCGGGGACCGUAAGAAUAUUAUAGAGCCUUAUGGGGGGAUCAGGUUGAUUUGAUCGUAACAAAACCCCCCUUCCCCCAGGUGAUGAAUAAUAAGUAGUCUCCUAAAUCUUAUAAUGUCAAGUCGAUGGAGUGUUUUCGGAAUUUAUUGGCGUAACAGUAUACAAAGCAAAAUUGUAGACAUAUUUCACUAAGUCUGUGGCUUACAAGAAAGAGUUCCCUCGAUGAUUCUCACAUUCAUGGCAAAAGCAAACGAGUGACAUGCUUUUAUAAGCUCAUAAGCUCAAGAUACACCAAGAUAUGAUCCCGAAAUACCCGAGAAUCCCUCUGAAGAAUGACGCCUCGCUACAAGAAUGGUUAUUUUUGGAGAUAGCAGCCCAAGGUUGGACCACAAGAUAGAAUGUUGUGAAUUGACAUUGAGACCAUACUCCUGUUUUGAAAUUAAAAAAAAAGGCAUCUGGGAAUUCUUCUUUGUUGAUGGCAUGGCCCAAAUGACAAGUUGGGCGGAAAAUGACCUCGUCAUCCACUGAUAUAAUCAAGUAUAAUCUUUCCGGCUUCUUUCGAUGGAUCAGCAAGCGAUGGCUGCGUGCCCAACUUUUAAGCUGCUCCGCUUGAGCGCACUUGAGAAGUUAGGAUAGAGUUAAUCGUUUCUAAUUUUUGGGUGUGUCUAAACGCUACCUGUAAAUGACCUUGGUGAAAACAUAAGCCCGACCGAAAUGAGAAAUCUAACAACAGAACAGAACUUGAAGAAUAAGUUGGAAAAGCCCCUCAUUAAAUGAUUUAUACAGAUUGUUCAUUUAAGUCCGGUUGAAAAGGACAAACAAACAAACAAACAAACAAUCAACGACGAAAGUCUUCGAGACAUAAAAAAUCAAGUAAACUUGUUUGACGUCGGAGUAACAAGAGCUGCUUGGCAGGUGAACCCAAUCCUGUUAAACCCUUUAAACCAAUAACCGUCAAGAGUAGUGUUACAGAUUUUAAUGAAUGAUAACGAUAUAGUGUCAAGAUCAGUCCCGUGUUUGCCAUUUUUUAAAAACCCCGAGUACCGGUACAUUCGCUUUAAUCAAGCUGAGGGGGAUUCUGGUUCGUUUCCGUAUGCGCAAGGUAAGAGAAAUUGUCCAAAAUCACUCUACUGACCUAGGCUGUACUUAAGUUGUUCAUUAAAAAAGCAGUGGGUGAAAUAUCUCGAGAGAUUCCGUUGCAAACAAUCUACUGUGAAGAAUACUUUAACUCAUGAAAGAUAUUCAGAAGUGUUUUUUCACGGAGGAGGUGAGUAAUACUGCUAGUUCAAAGAAAACAACAGCUGAUUUGCGGUGGGAAAUUUCGUUUUGCAAAAGGUUUGUUCAUGUUAUUCUGCACGUACGUCACGCAGUGUCACCUCUUGGUGUUCUUGGUGUCUAUUCAAAGUUUUUCCUUUCGUCUUCCCCUUAAAACGUGGCAAAAUUCACUUGAGGAUUUUGUAGGACUUUAACAAGACCACCCCUGUGUUUGAAUGUUUUGUCAAGCGUUGCACUGUGUGAAAGAGGGAGAACGAGAGAGAGAGAGAGAGAGUGAGAAAGAAGGUAAAGCAAUGCCGACUAGUAUGUUAGAGAUACGUGAAUACAUGUUAUGCAGAAAGGUUUUGACCUGUGGUUUUGUUAAUAAGAAGUAAUACCUUUUUCGAUUGUGGUGAAAUUUCUGGCUCCACAAAAUGCAGUAAAAAAAAGUCCUUAAUCAACGAGCUUCCCUCUCUAUGACUCGUGCAAAAGGCAAGUAAGCUCACACUUAAUUACUGCUACGUAAAUUGUAACGUUGAAUGACUGCUUGGUGUCAUAAGCGAUCUUUAAUUUCUGGACUGUUUUUUUAGGCUAUAAUGAUCUUUAUAGCGUAAUUUAUUUAUCUCUGCAUGUGCUUAGCCGCAAAUCCGGAAACUAUAGCGAGGGGAGAUGUUUCAUACUUUUUCUUUUCUUUCUCUGUUCAUCAACCAGUCCCCAUUCAGAGCACCCACGUAAAAUUGAUUAUAAGAAGUACCCUCCUCUCCCUAGGGGGGCGAAAAAGUGCCAAAACAAAACGCGCCGUCUGUGAAGGAACUAAUUCUCUCAACAAAAUGCUAUGUAACAAUGAUUUAACCCUUAGCUGGCUCUCUCUCAGACGAGUUCAAACGCGUGCGGAUAAAGUUGGCUUCGACCUUUAGACGUGACGCAAGUGAGCUAAAAGAAUUAGACACGCGAAUAGACUACUCUCUACUUCGUGAAAAUGCCCACGUACCGCUGGGUUGCUCCUUCACGGGCCCGGAGUAAGGAGCUGAUUUGGCAAGUGGAAGGUCGAAUGCUCGUAGAUAGAAUCUAUUUUUGCAAUUGCAACGAUCGUUUCAUUCACUGAUUCCUUUUCAAUAGUUUUCAAGGAAAUAUGCCACAUUCAGAUUGCGAAGUUGAACUUGAAAUCAUGUUAGAUUUUUCACUGGCGCUAUGCAUGUAAAAAGACACCUUUCUUUCGCCCAAUUCCAGAUUAAAACAGACCCUCCGCGGUGAUCAAUUCUGUUUUCGUGACAAUUAGCAGCACUGAAAUAUUAAUCCUUCAUCUUUACAAAAGUCCAUAGUCAACAUGUAAGUCAUAAUGGGACCAAGCUGAAUUAAGAGAGACGGAAAAUAUACAGUACUUUUUCUUGUCAUAAGGUAAUCGGACAAAAUCUCAGAAAAAUGAUUUUCUCUCAUCAGGCACACUGACAAAAACAUUUUUACUAGGACUGUAAUGUAUCUCUCCUUGCUUACUUCAAUCAUGACUUAUAGACGUUAAGUUUCAGCCACGGUAAUCCGUUCGCAGUAAAGUUCGUGAAUGCCAAUCUGCGUUGAUCCUGCCGCCGUGCAGAGGAGAACAUCACUCUCUGGAUCACCGCAGCUUAGUUAAAAAAAUAGUGGACAAUUUCAAAUUUAGUCCAUUUUCAAAGUAAAUGGUAUUUUCUAACAAUAUGUGAAAUCACUCACGAAUCACGUGCAUACAACAAGAUUAAAAUAAUUUGAGUAUUUUUUUAUUUAUUUCAGUUUAAGCCGGUUAUUAUUUGUCUAAAAAUGUUAAUGACUGACAGAAAGAAAACAGAAGUUGUACUAAUUAUCACACAAGUGAGGUCAUCAGUUGCAGUGAAAAUUUAAGCCGUGUACUGAAGUAUAAGACUCUUUUCCAUUGUUGAAUUACAAGAUUUUUGGGUAUAAAAAACUGUAACAAAAAAAAAUUAAUUAAUAAACACAUUGCGUAACGAUGAACAGUUCACUAGUUAUCUACCAAAUUUACGGUACAUAUCUUGACUUACCACAGGAACGAUACUUACGCUACUCAACAUGUGUACAAUAAUUUCAUUCCUAAAGUUACAACACUCAAACGAAUUUUAAUACCCUUAAAGUAAAGGACACUGUUCGAUUAAGUAUAGUGACCGUUUUUUAGGUACGCACGGAUUAUUGCUACCACAGAAUAUUCAUUUCAUCCCCCUGCAAAUUCCAACAAUCCAAAGGCGCCAGACAUGUUUACUACACCACAAGAUAUUAAAGUAAAAAUGUUUCGUUCACACAGAGAAGAAAAUAGACAAAGAUAUGUUAAAAAAAAAGGAAUUAUGUUAAGUUGUCAAUGAGUCAUACUAAAUCAGAAAAGUUACAUUUCCAAGGCCAUCUCAGAAAUCUUCGUUGCGGAUUACUUAGAAUCCUGAUUGUUGACGAUUUGCCAUAAAGCAAAGAGAUUUUUCUCCGAGUAUUUAAUAGUGCUAUUUGCCAAAUUUAAUCAUAUACCGGAAAUCUUUCUAGUUUUAGACAACAGAAACUUUUUUCCACAAAUCUGAAAGCACUCUUCAGAUCAGGAUAUUCUCUAUCUGUAGUGUUCACGUGCACAGAGCAACUGAAAUCGGUCACGUUUUUGACUAAUGCGGAAAGAAAAUAGAAUAUCGCGCCGAGAUUGGUUGAAAUAUGGAUCCGGAUUAGAGAAAUCUUCCAACGCGGUAAACCAGAUACACACGUAAUUACUGAUGAAUAGUGACCUUGCAAGUUACUGAAAGAUUUGCUGAAACUCUACCUAACACUUGGCAAUUAUUUAAAUGCACUGAGAUGCCCAUUGCUAAUGAGGCUCUCAAAAGAAAUGCGGAGUAAGUCCAAAGGGAAUUUUCCAUCGAGGCUCAAUUUUCAGAGCUGUGUCAUCCAAAUUUGGUCAUUUCCGACAUUCCUACACAAAAGGGUCGAACGCGUUAACAUAUAUAUUCUAUUCCAUCUCGAUCUUACACCACUAAUAGCUUUCAAAUUAAUCCUUUACCACUUUACGUUCGUUUGAGUGAAAUCACUGCGAUUUAUUACGAUGAAAAAGAAACCAAAUUAAUCUGGCUUGUUAUGCAUCUAUUUUAAGCAGGAAAAUACGAGACGAUCCUUAGUGAAAGGUAGCACGUAAGUCUUUUCCAGAAGACAGAUUCUAAUGAGCAUGCGUAACAUGAUCUCUUGCCCACCACGUCCAUUGAAGAAAUUCUCUCCUUUCAAGUGAGUGGGUAUUUUCAAAUUAAUUGGUUUUGUGUGGACCUAAGGUUAAGUAAUCUUCACAGUCCUUUCAUACAGUCGAUAAUCCAAAUACUUUGAACAAUAGGUCUAACAGAAAUAUAAACCUCUCAAUUAUAUUUCAGAGAGGCAUAUAUUAAGCGUUAAUGUUAGUGAGCCCUGAUCGACCUGAUCAGGUGAGAAAACUCUCUUGUUUUACAAAUACGAGGCCAAUAUAUCAUUGACUAUUCUGGUAGUCUCCGGAAACUACGUAGUUAUUCAAUAAUGGAUUAAUUCUGUUUAUCUCUUUAAAGCUUUGGUACGGGGAAACAACGAAGGCAUUUAUCCAUGACCCCAAAUCUUCAAGUGCUGCGCGAGUCUUAUAAACAGGGAUAAUGGCUUCGAAACUGCUAGGUCUGUGUUCGGUGAUUCUGGCUGCGAUAGUGGUCAGCGCGGAAACUGAAUACGGCUCACGGUAAGUUGACUUUAAAACGCACUUGUUCUUUUUUGUAUGCUCUGUUGACCUAGUCUCUUUUAAGAAAGCUAGUAGCUUCUAAUGGUUGCUGCAAGAGAGAAUAUUGUAAGCUGCGUAUUACGCGCUAAACAAGUACGUGACCUUCGCCUCAGAACUCUUUUCUUGCAAUUAGGUUUCCCUAAGCUAAGAACUAUGGCACAAGUUUGUUAGCCUAUCCAGGGCUUGCUGUGGAUGAGAUAAAUUUGCUAACAGGCCUGCAAUUUCUUCUGUUUUCUGAACUAAAUCGACGAUUUCAUAUGAUGGGUAAAUUCCUACUGGGAGUGAUAGCUUGUCUACUAAAUCAAAGACGUUCAAGGGAAAUUCCCUGCUUCUCAUUUUUAUUGGACAAAGAAACGUUUGGUUGGAAAACACAGGACCAAUGAGCUAUCUGUUUCGAUAAAUUUGCACGAGAGAAAACUCUUUUUUCUUAACUUUUUUCCCUCAGUGUUUUUGCCUAACACGUAUUUGUUAAGCUCUAUAUCCUACAUUAUCCAGUCCUAUAGAGUUACGGCUCAGCUAGUUUUGACGAUAAUUGUUGUCUUCUGUGUCAAGCUCACAGUUUGUUUUGUUAUCUUUACUAAAAAAAUUGCAUUCAUAACAAGAAACACCCGUCCACAAACAGGAUUUAAAGUUGUAAAUUAGAUUUUAAAAUCUGUUGACACGUACGUGUUUUUGGAAGCUGAAUUGCUGAAAUUUGUCCCAUUCCACUUAAUUUGGGCGCUCACUACCCGGUGCAUCAUUUCCGAAAGAAAAUAACUUGUCAUCUGUGUGAGUACAAAAAUAAUCCUGGCGUUAAUGACUCACAGGGGGCGUGUAAAUCAUCAUAAACACACUAAAACCAUCGAGCAUUGACUCAGGAUCCCAACACUUAACAGCUAAACCAAAUCCAAUUACAAAGUUAAAUUUUUGAACUGAAAAAUUAUUUUUAUGCCUUCACUUGUUAGUCAGCCUCUUGAAUCUAAUGAUGGUUAUGUUGCAGCCUUUGAUUAAACUCUGAUUUAUUUCUCUUUGUCUUUUUUAUUCACAGAUACAAAAACAGCAUAGAAGAGUUGAAUUUUCUUCAAGAAAAGGUGUGCUUUGCUUCAGGUUUUUUUUACAUUUUGGUAAAUUUUUCCCUCAAAAUCUCAGAUGUUUUUUCUUUGGAUAUACUUCGUUCCCAAAAUAUGGGAUAUCUUUUUAGUUAUAUAAAAUGGCCGGGUGUUAUUGUCAGAUGUUUCUAGAUUAGAUUCAAGUUAAUCCGAUAUUCUUUUUCAUUAAGUUUUACUUAUAGAGAUAAUUAUCUUUCUUCAUCAUUACUUUUCUCCGACCUCUUCCAUGGUCUUCAUAGUGACUGCGCCAUUUUCCCGACAGCGCAAGCAACCGUGAUUUGAUGAGGAGGCUGAAUAUAUCCUAACUGACUGCUGGUCUAAUCAUGUGCUUGUCUAGUAUAAUCUUUCAUAAAACUGAUUAAACUUCAAACCCCCCAAAAUGUAUUCAAGCGGCUAAGUAAGCAACCGCCAUAUCAUUUCUGUUUGUUACGCAACGAAAAACGUGUAUAUCAUGUUGUUUCUCACGAUCGGGAUGUUUUUCUCCUUGUUAUGUAAAACUGUCAAAAUUCCCGUCGAAUUAUUCGAUAAGGCCUUCAAAUUAAUAUUCCCCGCCUUCGGAAAUGAGGGUUAAGUACCUAGAAAAAAAUUCUGAGUGUUGUGCCAGUGUAUUCCACCGAAAUGGUUUCAGCUGGUGUUACCUUUCACUAUAUGUUGCUCGUCUACCAGCUAAAUUGACGAAACAAAUCAAACGUGUUGCUUAGUCAAUGAAAAUCAUUUGUUCGGGCAACUUUCCCUUCCGAGUUCGGCGCAUCUUCAAGCCACAUUAAUGGGAGGUUAAAACAUUAAGAUCAUCCGGGAUUUCUUAAAGAGUUUUUUAAUUCGGUUACUUUUAUCUACGUCACAUUUUAUUGUUGGCCAGAUUUAAGAUAUCACAGUGAUAAAGUUCAGCCAACUUGUGAAGUCUAAGUUUUGACAGCUUUUUAAAGGUUUCUUGACACCUUGCUUGUUUUCACAGUCCCACAGGGAACCUAGGUCCAUUUUCUUUACUUUUUUCUAUUUAUCAGUAUUAUUUGAACACGCAUAUGGUGCGCUUAAACGUACGGGGGUCCAUAAGUAUCUUAAGCUGCUAAUCGAGAUUAAACCCACCUCGGUUAAACCGUUAAUGUUUCUUAACCACUGAUUUCAGUAAAGUGAUAAAGGGUAACUGUACGGAAAAGAUAAUAGCUGUUUCAAAACCACAUCAAAGUUAAAAGGGCCGACUAAUUCAGCUUUGUAUCAGUUAAUACUAUUUUACUAAAUCGACCAAAAUUAGAUUUUAAGAGGCGUUCACAAUGCAACCAAGACUUUUAUCGUAACCAGGGUUGAUGUUUUAAAGUUUACUAAGCUAUUUUUAGAAAAGGAUCUUGUUAAAAAAAGGCGAGAGAGAAUGAAUUUAGAGGUUAGAAGAUGCAAUCGCAACUAUUUCACAAUAGAACUUAACCAUAAAGAAAGAGAAGAUAAUUAAAAAUUGGUUCAUGCUUGGUGUGUAACAUGGACUGAUCUAGUAACAGAUGCACGCGGAAAAUUAAUGCACGAGAAAAGCGUGCUCAAGCUGGCAUGCUGUUAUAACGAUUCACCAGUCAUUUUCGAAAGGUAUCACUUAUUCACUUAAAUUUUUUAAUUCUUUUUUAGACCUAUCCAAAUCUUACAAGCAUCAUUAAAGCAGGAGGAUAUCGUGCCAUGGGAGAAUGUCGAAAGUUAUUCAAGAACGAGAUUUGGAAUUGUACCAUUGAUAACAGACACAUGAUUAAGGAGUUACCCAGUUUUGUUAAACCAACCGUUCCUUAUGGUAAGCGUAUUCCGCGACUUAAACCUUAUCUUUUGAAACCCUUUGCAAAAUUACGUCAGAAAAGUCAGUUUUACCCCCAAACCACGCUAUGAAGAUGCUAAGUGGUGAAUUUCGAGAAGGAAGUAUUCAGUCCAAAAAGUUUCAUUUAACCUUGUAACUCCCAAGAUCUCAUAAGUAAUACUCCUUACUAUCUACCAUACAAUUCUUGUGAUGUUAGCAGGGAGAAUUUUAUAUUGGAUCAACUUUUAAUCCCGUAAUUGAUAUUUUUCUUUAUUCCCAUCACUUGUCUGCUUGAUAUUGUAUUGAUAUUGUAAGGAGAAAUUCUGUCUUGGUCACUCAUGGGAGUUAAAGGGUUAAAAAACAUAUAUAUAUGCCCACGUGAAAACAUCACUAGCCUACGGACAGGCCCUCAUAUUAGCGCUGCGGGACGCGUGUUUCUUCGCCGGCGGGAAGAUUAAGGACAAGGUCUGUCGGGGUCUGGCACUAUCUGUGACAGACCCCCGCAAACCUCUCACCGGCCCGCACUGCUCAAGGCUUCAUGCCUUCCCGCAGGCGAAGAAACGCUCUUGUCGAAGCGCUAGUAAUGAGGGUGUGAGAAUGGUGUAGUGUAAUGUAAAAGAAUAAACUAACUUGCAAAUACCUCGUGGCUUUUUAUCUCUAGGCACUGGGACAUUUAUUUCAUGCCUCACCAUUUGAUAAUACAGAUUUAUUUUCUGGAAAAACACAAGAUUCAUUCCCCGAUAUUCUAUCCUUCAAUAAGUACGUUCGCAAUGAUUGGUCUAUUAAAGGGUUAUAUUUCACUGUACGGCUCGCUUAAUUCAAAAUUUUGUUUGAAUUGUAAUCUUCUUCCUCCAUUUUAACCCAGAGAUAUAAUAAAUAUCUUACUGACCUCGUUUACUCGGUCCCUACAGUAAGUUACAGGAUGUGUGUUUUUUUCCGCUGGGAUGCAAGGCCUAAGAGCGAAUCUUGCGGGUCAAGUGUUCGUGCGGAAAAAUCGAGGUUAGUAAGGGGUAUUCAUUUUUGCCAUUUUAUUGUAGCUACACGGGAGAUUGCAUUCAUCAUUUCCAUCAGUACAGCCGCUGUUAUAAAUGAGGUCGCCCAACAGUGCCAACGUAGCAGAAUACCCGGAUGUAGCUGCGAUCUGAAGAAAGAAGAUAAUGGAAACGAAGACUUUCAAUGGGGCGGUUGUGGUGACAACGUCAAGUUCGGAGAGAAGGAGGCAAGGCGUUUCAUCAACGUCUUCAUGAAUGGAAACAAUGCUCGGAAAGCUUUUCACUUCCACAACUCUGAAGUCGGAAGAAAGGUAACGUUACCUGCUUUGCUAAUGUCAGGUUCAUUAACCCUUUAACCCCUAAGAGUGACCAACUUCAAAUUUCUCCUUACCAUAUCACCACUGAUUCACUCAUUAAGUUACGAGAAUAGAGGAAAUGAUCACCAACUAAAGCAGUUCUUGAUGGUAAACAAAUUCUCCUUGUCAGCACCUAAGGAAAUGCAGGAAGAACAGUACGGAAAAUGCGAAUACAAAUGUUUGGGUGUCAAGCGUUAAACCCGCUACACAGUCUCUUUUCUCAGAGCCUUUGUUGAGUUUCCUGCACGACUCUCAUAAGCUAGACUGGGGAUUUUGAAACCCUGACCCCUGAUCAUAAAAUUUUUUCGCCGAAAAGCUCGUUAUUUUAUUACGAAACAGCGGCCCUUGCUUGAAUUUUAGAGACCGGUCAUUAUUCAUCGCUUAGGGAGGGAUGGGAGGAUUUCUCGCGUAAAAUUUAGUGUGGAAUUUCCUUGUCAGGUGUUGAACUAUUUCAUAGCAGCGUUAGCCCUUCCGCAAAUAAUUUUGUUUUCCAUAAUAACAACCUGUAAUUCAUUUAAUUAUCUUAAUGAUUCAAGUGUUGAAAUGUUACUUUCCUUUGCAACAUGAACCGAUUUUUCCUUUGUUAGGUUGUUCGAUUGAGUCGAAAGAAAGUGUGUAAAUGCAACGGACUUUCAGGAAGUUGUACCGCAAGGAUUUGUUGGAGGCAAAUGGAGCCAUUUGAGGUCAUUGGGAAGAAGUUGAAAUUAAAAUACAAAAGUGCUUUGCGAGUGUGGUACGCGAAUAAUAAGCUUCACGAGCGAGGCAAAAACAAAUUGACGGCGGAAAAGAGAGAGAAAAAACUUGUUUACCUCGACCCUUCGCCGGAUUACUGCGUAUUUAACAAAACGCUGGGCUCCCCUGGAAUGUUGGGAAGAAUAUGUCGGAGUGAUGAAGGCACCACCGUGAAAAAGUGUCGCUCUCUUUGUAACGCUUGCAAAUUGAAACACCAUACAGUCCAGGUGGUUAAGGAAGAUAAAUGCCGCUGCAGGUUUGUGUGGUGUUGCAACGUGGAAUGCGAUACUUGCACAAGCAAAUAUCAUGCAACCACCUGUGUUGCGUAAGACGGACAUGUAUUGUCUGUUAUGUUAAACAUCAUGAAACGUUUCUCGACGUGACGAGAUGCAAGGACUGAACAAUGGCUGGAAUUGAGAGAGUCACUUUGGGAAAAGGAAAAAUAAAUAAACGAAACUGCAUAUAUUAUUGAAAAUACCUUGGAUCUCAUGCAUUCAAGUAGCAACUGCAAGAAAAGUAAAGGCCUAACCCGUAUACAUUACUUUAAGACUGCUACUCAUAUAAAUAUAUCACUAAUUUCCUCUUAUAUUGCUUUUCUUAACAGUACUAGUAUUUUUGGUUAAAACGAAAAAAUUGGGAGUUGAAACAUUUAGGGAUAAUAUUUGCUAUGCGAAAAGUCGUGUUAUAUCUUCGCUCCAUUCAUUAGGCCUAGUUAGUCUUUAGAACCCAUUUCCAGAUGUCCCUUUCUGGGAAAAGUGACGUUAUUAGUGAUCGAGCUCUUCUACGUAUCAUGUAACACUUAUUUCUAGGCUCCAUAGCCUGUGAGCAGGUCCUCAUCAUCAGCACCUGGGUACGAGCCUUGAGGUGUGAGGCCUUGAUGUGAGCCGGUGAGAGGACUGCAAGGGGGUCUGGCGCUGAUAAUUGUUAGUGCCAGGCUCUAGAAAACCACUCCCCGACUCGUCUCAAAUCUUCCAGCGGGCGGAGAGACGCGUGUUCUGUGGCGCCACUGAUAAUGAUGGCCUAUACGCAGACUAGAGGCUCCAUAUUGUUUCUAACAAGAACAAUAGACACAUGUACAGUUAGGAAAGAGGUAUUAGAAAGUGUGAAGCAUUGUUGGGCGUGAUUGAAAAGAGAUGGGUUUUUGGUGUUGCCAAGAAUGAAUAUUUCAGAAACAUCGCUGGUGGUGGGCGGAAAGAACAGAAGCAUUUCAUAAAACAAUGAAAUAGCCAGCGUUACUGUGGCUAUUUCAUUCCCAACAUUUCUUUUUGAAGUUUGAAUCAACUCAUCUGCUAUUUUGGAGCGAACGCGAAAUGUAGACGUUAAUUUGAAAAAACAACAACCGUAACAAAAAAAGGCGGAUGAUGAAAUAAAAAAGGUUUGCGGCUCAGCACAGUAUGAUGGCUCAUCUGACAUCUCCUAAAAGCUUAUAUUGUACUUAGUAUACGUAAUCGCAUAUUUGCUCGAAAAAAUAAGGUUGCGAGUUUCAGAAGAUGUGAAAAUUGACAGAGUCACACCUUUAAGAACCAAUAAAAUUCAAAUGAAUUUGCCAAAACUUCAUUAAAGAUACCUUCUCUCUGAGCCAAUCUGUAUUUAGUUAUUUUGCCGACUAGUAAAACGUGAACCAAUAAAAAGCA